AUGGUCUUCUCCCGAGCCGCCCUCGCCGCCACGGCUCUUCUCCUCUCCACCGCAUCCUGCACUCAGAUCCCCUCCAGCAGCUCCUCAUCGCCCUUCUUCCUCUUGUCAAGCACUCCCCUCCACGACUCCACAACCCUGCGCUCCCAGCAAUUAGCGCUCGCAUCGCAAGUGACAGACGAGACCCUCGCCGCGUUCCGCGGCUGCGAUGCCGAACUCUACCUCAUCGUCUCGCAGCCGGGACUCUCGGCGGGAGACUUCGAGGCAGGAAAAGCGAUGCCCCGGAUGAGGAGGAGGAUGUUGCAGGGUGCGGAUAUGUACGAGGCGGCGGUGCAGAUUCCGGAGGUCAUUGGGGACGUGGAUGUCGAGGAGAUCCAGAGGGUGAUCGGGGAGAGAUGUUCGGGGAGGAAAGUCAGUGUGGAGGACUACUACCAGAACGGACACGGUCACGGCGAUCAGCCCAUCAUCACAACUUUGUCACUCCCGGCAUUACAUCCGGAUGCACACGCCCGUCAAGAAGGUCUAGAAGCCGCAGACGCCGAGAUUGAAAACAUCCUCACCACCAAAGCCAACCACACCAAGCAUGUCCUGAUCUUCGUCUCUUCGCCGUCGACUUCCUCUUCUCAGCAAGAUGCAGUCGCGGACGAGUCGCAGACCUACGAGAUGGACUCGCCGAUCCUGCACGAAGUCCUCCACUCGGAUCUCAAGCGCGACGUUGGCGUCUACCCUCGCAACUCUAGCAGUGAGGACGAGCACCAGAAGGGUCUGCCUCUAUUCGAGCGCUACUCGUUCCUAUCUCCUGCCAUCUUCAUGGGCCUCACCGUCACCAUCCUGCUCAUCUCCAUCCUCUACGUUGGUCUCUCGGCCAUUGCUGGCCUGGAGGUCAGCUACAUGGCUUUCAGCAAGGAAAUGGGUCCUGCGGCACAGCAAGGCAAGACCAAAUUGCACACAUUGAUGUUCAAGAUGGAGAACAUAGAGACGAAGACAGCGGAACUCACAUCAGUGGCCGAACGGCCUCGUAAGCCCAGACAACAAUUGACCAAAGGCAUGGAGCACAUGCGUACAUAUGUCACAAUCAACGAAGCUUCGGAUCAAGACACGUCGACUGCCGGCGAAGAUGCGUACGGCGUGCCUGCCACUUUUGCCCCUGUAAGAAAGCCGGCAACCAAUUCCAGUGAGAAUCCGGAGAAGCGGGUCGAUCCAUUCCAAUUCGGCACGCGAUAUCUUGAAGAAGGCGACGACAUCUUCGCUCACAACGCUUGGGACCACGUCGAGGUGGACUCACAAUACAACGAUUUCAUCGAGCAGCAAACGACCUUCCAAAGAGACAAUCAAGUCUCAGAUUUCGACAAGCAACGCUUCAAUACCAGUCCGGAGAAAUGGUGGGAUAAAUUCUACAGCAAGAAUCAGGCCAACUUUUUCAAGGAUCGCAAAUGGCUGGCGCAAGAGUUCCCCGUCCUGAGUACCGUUACCGGCGCAGACUAUGGUCCUGUGACGGUGCUGGAAGUGGGUGCAGGCGCGGGUAACACUGCGUUUCCGCUGCUCGCGAUGAAUCAAAACCCUCAAUUAAAUCUCCACGCCUGCGACUACAGCAAAAAAGCGAUCGAAAUCAUCCAAUCGCAACCGGCAUAUACCGCAGACUCCCAGACGACAUUGAAGGCACACGUUUGGGACGCUGCCGGGACUGAGCUACCCGAAGGCCUCGCGCCCGGCAGUGUCGACGUCGUGCUGAUGAUUUUCAUCUUCUCCGCCCUCGCGCCCGAUCAAUGGACCCAGGCAGUACAGAACCUCUUCACACUGCUCAAGCCUGGUGGCGAGAUCCUCUUUCGAGAUUAUGGCCGCGGUGACCUCGCGCAGGUGCGCUUCAAGAAAGGCCGAUAUCUGGACGAGAAUUUCUAUGUCCGAGGAGAUGGCACGAGGGUGUAUUUCUUCGAGCUCGAGGAAUUGAGGGACAUUUGGAGUCACGGUGGUGCCCUUCCACAAGGCGACGAUGAGACAGCACCUACUAACGCCGAUCUCGGGAGAUUUGAAGUCGUCAAUUUGGCUGUCGAUCGCAGAAUGCUGGUCAAUCGGCAGCGUAAGAUUAAGAUGUAUCGCUGCUGGAUGCAGGGGCAUUUCAGAAAGCCCUCAUCAAGCAGGAAGACGGCGUAA